AUGUUGUCUCCGCUGUUUGGUGGAUGCAGAGGAGGCUUGGCGCUAGCACUCCUUGGUAUAUCCGUGGCAGAACCAUUAAGAAGUACAAAGGGAGUGUGCACAGAUGCUACCUUCGCGCCUCUUACACUUCCCAAUGCCAACAUUGUCUCCCUUGACUCUGUCAUCGCCCACACCGCUUGGCCAGCGUCAAGCGAUUUGAUCAAUGCUUUUCCCAGCACAAAAAAUGGCACUGUAGAGGUUUGCCAAGUUACUAUCAAAUACAAGCACCGUGGGCAAAACGAUACGAUCAACACAUGGGUGUGGCUUCCCGUCACGUCUUGGAACGGCCGAUUCGUCGGAAUGGGAGGCAGUGGCUGGGUGACGGGUACGGCUAGCUCGCUCGCUCAGCCUGUCUUUGAUGGCUAUUCCGCGGCUUCAACAGAUGGAGGGCACUCAGCAUCGGCAAGUCUCCAAUCGUGGGCGUUGGAUAGCAAUGGAGAUCUGAAUUGGAAACUCCUCGAGGAUUUCAGCUCUGUCGCAGUGGACGAGGCUGCCUCACUUGGCAAAGCCGCCACACGCUUGUUCUAUGGAUCCCUGCCCAAGUACUCCUACUGGAACGGCUGUUCUACCGGAGGGCGACAGGGACAUAUGCUUGCACAGGAGUUUCCAACUCAAUAUGACGGAAUUCUGGCAGGAUCUCCUGCCAUCAACUGGGACGAGUUUAUACCCGCCCAAUAUUGGCCACCACUGAUGAUGCAGGAACUGAACUAUUAUCCACCGCCUUGUGAGCUGGAAGCCAUUACCGAUCUUGCGAUCAGCACUUGCGAUGAACUUGACGGGGUCAAGGAUGGUAUUGUUGCUCUGCCAGGUCUCUGUCAAUUCGAUCCCUCCACAGUGAUUGGAAAAGAAGUGAAUUGCGCAGACACAAACAGUAUCAUCAAACUUUCCGAAAAGAGUGCACAAUUCGCUGCCGCAGUGUGGUCCGGUGCCAACAACUCGGACGGAUCGUCACUCUGGUAUGGCCUGACGCACGAUGCGCCUCUCACUGGUCUCGGUGGAAUAGACUGUUCGUCAUCGGGCAAGUGCAAACCGACCCCCUUCUUCCUUGCGACCGAUUGGAUGACAACGAUUCUAUCCCGAGAUCCUUCGCGGGAUUUGUCGACUAUUGGCCUCCAAGAUUUCCGCCGACUAUUCCACACUUCAUUGAAGAAGUUUGGAUCCAUCAUUGGAACCCGAAAUCCCGACCUCACCAAAUUCAGGGACGCUGGUGGGAAAAUGAUCACCUGGCACGGCAUGAAGGACCAAUAUGCUUUCUAUAAUGGCACGAUAGAUUACUACGAUCGUGUUCGUGACUUUGAUGCCAGAGUUCACGACUACUAUCGCUUCUUUUCUGCCCCUGGUGUGGAGCAUUGUGGUGGAGGACCGGGAUGGUUCCCGGGCAAUGGGUUCGAUGCCUUGGUCGACUGGGUAGAAAAAGGCAAAGCGCCCGACACGCUGUUUGCGCAUACCAUACCCGCAGCGGCUGAGAGUGCAAGCACACCUAUUCGGAAGGCAAAUCUUUGUCCCUAUCCAAAGGUACUGACUUAUGUCAAGGGCAACAUUAACAAAUCAUCCUCUUUCAUUUGCAGAUGA